UGUUUGCAGUGCCCCAUCUCAUGCUGCUCGGCAGCGCCUGCACGGCCCCUCGGUGGCGGUUCGUCCGGUGUAUGUUCCCGGUCGGCUCGCCAAGCUUCCCGCAUCGUCUGUCCUGAUCUGUCCCCAAGCUGCCCUCGAUCUGUCCCGCUCUCGAUCUGUCCAGCUCCGGGCUGAACAUUCUCGACCUCAUCCACGGACGCACCCAUCCGUCUCUCGUCCAACUCCAUAUCCUGUGUCGUACCCAGGCUCUGCUCUGCGCUGACCUCUUCCAACAAUCGAGAUGAGCAACGCCACCUCUCCAGAUUGCUCCGUCAUCCAGGCCUGGCUGCCGUCGAUUCCCUGCUGCGACCCGUCGUCCGUCAUGGUCGACUGCGACUCGGCCGGGCGAGUCUUGAUGAUCGUCGUAUCCGGCCGAAGCAUAAACGGCUCUAUUCCGACGCAACUAGCAACCCUGACCGAACUCCGAGUCCUCGACCUCCACAACAACAACAUCAACGGCUCGCUACCACGGGAGAUUGGACUGCUGCCUAACCUGCGCGAGAUCUCGCUGCAGUACAAUCUGCUCUCUGGAGAGAUUCCCGAUUCGAUAGGCAACAUCACCAGCCUGCAAUCCAUCGUCCUCACUGGGAAUCAAUUGACUGGGACACCACCUGCAACGCUGUCGUCGCUGGCGAAACUUCAGACUCUGCAACUUGACUCGAACAACCUCGCGGGAAGCGUUGCCCUCGACCUGUCGUCCGUGACGAACCUGACAUCGAUCGAUCUCUCUGGCAACAACCUCACCGGAACCAUCUCGCUGCCUCAGUGCUCUCCCGCCAAUGUCAACAUCUGGAACCUUGGUGGCCUGCAGUGCUCCUCGAGCGCCGCACCGCCCUUCUUUGCGGUGUCAUCUCCACUGCUGUGGGUUGUAGUUGCCCUGGUGAUAGCAGCCCUCGCCAUCGGAGCAUUCAUUGUGCUCCGCAGACGCUCUCAUCGCCGCUUUGAUCACUCAAAGUCGACGCUCGUCACCAGGACAACCACUCGUCACGCCUACAAAGUUCUUGCAGAUCCACCGCCGAACUGAAGCCUCUCAAUCCCAUCAGCCCCCUAUUACAGUCAAUCCAAUAAAACACGGGACGCCUUGGUCUUUGAUCAUUGACCGAAUAAUUUGUUGCCA